GCUCGAGCUCCGUGCAGCCCAUUUGCCGGCCGCGCACCGCGUUACUCGCCCGGGCGCGUGGCUUGGCGGCAGAAGCUCCAGGUCUGAAUUGUCCCGAGCGAGCAGUCAGAUGAGCCGCGGCUGCAACGUCAAUGCACAGGGCCUCAGCCAGGCCGAUGGAGCGAAGCUGGUCGUCAAGAACUCUUUCUUGGAGUUGACGGACGUCGGUUCUGGACUCAGCCGCACCAGAAGCGAUAGUCAGAUUGGGUGCAGCACGACUGGGGGAUGCCCUGCGCGUGUGGAUGCGGCCCAGGACGCGCACCGGGACGCAGGGCAGAGCUCAGCGAGCGUGCAAGGCGGUCCGGGUAGGACAGUCUCCGAGGACUCGGUCGCCACGGGUAGCCACUGCUCCUGGGCGGAGGUCAGCAACUGCAGCGGGUACAAGAUUGGCGGGUGCUCUGGGAUCGGCGACAACAGCGACGACGAGCGAGGCGGAAUCCCCGGCUCGGCGUCUGGCGACCUCCAUGAUGCGGGCCGCGGCCCUGGGCGUGCGGAGGAUUGCGAGGCCGCCCCUCACUCGGAGGCACAGUGGCGGCCGAGCGGCAAGGAGAGGCAGCACGCCGCCGGCACCUGCAAGCCGUGCCUCUACUUCGGGACCAAGAGGGGCUGUUCGAAUGGCGUUCAGUGCGGCUUCUGCCACCUGCCGCACGCGAUCAAGCGCAGGCCACGGCCCAGCAAGGCCGUGAGGGAGCAGUGCAGGAAGCGGCUAGAAAUGCUGUGCCCCUGGCCCGAGGCGUUCGUAGGCUUUCAAACUACCUCCAGAGCACCCCGCGCGAGGCCUGGAAGGCCCCCGGGGCUCCAGAGUGGCGCGAAGAGCUGGGGGCACCUUGGGCCAGGGACACGUACUGUGCGCUGCUCUGGCCAGAAGCCCAGACUCCGCAGCAGCCGCCCAGUCUGGUCAGAGCGCACCCCAGGAGAGGUCGCCGUCGGUACCUUUUCGUUUCCCGGAGCCGAUAAGCUCAGGCUCCGAGCCCCCGACCUGCGACCGCGGCGGCGGUCGGCGGCGAAAUCCGAGCCCUGCCAUCGCCAAUCCACGAUCCAGGCAGUUCGGUGGGCGGCGGGGGUCGAGGGCUCGGAGUUCGUCGACCACGCGGCGGAGUCCGAACCCUGCCGCCGCCUCCCAUUGACUUGAGAGAACCGAUCGUUGGCGAGGCAGGGACUUCGGACGUCGCCACCCAGGAGGGCCUCGCCCAACGCAGCGAGGCCCUGCAGUAUAUGCACGCCAUCAUGCGGGCGCGGGCGCGGCAGCGGAGCUCGGGGCAGGCGGUGCCCGAGAGCCGCACGCAGGCCGCCUGAGGGGGCGCGGGGAGAGGCCCAGCAUCGCGCCCGCCCGCCGCCGCGGCUGGGAGCGCGCGGCCUCGGGGGGGUGGGGCGGGGGCGGGGGGCCGAGCGGCAGGAUUUGUUUUUGCCUCGGCCUCGUCUCGACGAGGGUGCCUGCCCUUGACAGAGCACUCUGUGCUUCCAUCUCGUCCGGGGCUGCCGCUCGUGCUUCUGCUCCCGACCCUCCUGAAGCCCGUCCGUGCCCCGCCGGCAGGCAGGGCGCUGGCGCAACCAACCACGUGCCACUGUCGGAGGGCCCCUUCCCCCGCCCACGGGCUGCGUGCCCCCUUGCCGUUCGGAUGCGCCAAGCCGGUGCGCUCCUUACGCCUCGGCGGUGGCCUUGCAUCUUUUCCAUCGUACGCCUGACCCGGCUCAAGGGCUUCUCUCCUAGGUUGAUUGUAUUUUCCCCUGAGGGGAGCAGAGGCCCCAGUGCGGAACAGGCCUUGCAGCGAACGCAUACGAACAGCGGGCUCCCGUCCAAGCACUGUAUUGAGAAGAGACGUUGGCCGAGGGCGCCAAUCUCACUCAGCUCGGGCGGGGCGGAGCCAGAACAGCUCUCUGCUGAGGGUCGGUCGGGAG